GCACUGUUAGGGCAUGGAAGACAGAGAGAAACUUCCAUUUAGAUGGGACAAGGGCCUUUGCAAAGAGAUUAGUGGCUAGGAUGUUGAGGGUUUUUUUUUUUCCUUUAGGACAACCAAAAUUCCUUCAAGGCCAAAAAUAAGCCUGUGCUGACGAGGCUCCGAGAUAGUGGGGAAAACGGAGCGAGAAAAGAAAGGGCGAGAGUUAGAAUCAUGAUUGACUUUUGAUCAUUGUCUAUUGCAUCAGCUAUAGCUACAUGAACUAUCAUUUUCAUGUCUCCUGCUGCUUCUCCGUGCGAACAGAAACAUACUCUAGGGUGUCCGUUUGCUGCUGUGGAUUCCUACAGGCAUUGUUCUUUUCAUCAUGCGAUCCAGUUUCAACUUGUUGAACGUAUCUCGACAAGAUCUAUGCCACAUGGAAACGACUUGCUAAAGUGGAAGCAAUUCCAUUUCCGACGUCAAAACAUUUUCAGUCAACUGUUAAACUCAAUUCCCCCGCCUCAUAAAAUGACGUUAAUUCUUGUUCAAAAGUAAGGCAUCCAGCGCCAGAGUCGUGCGGUCUCCAGUUAACAGGACACUGAGGUUUUUCAGUUGAUUCCCUCUGGCAAAUAACAUAUAAUAACCAGUUUAUAGCUUGAGGAAGCGACCUGUUUCUUGCGUCUUAGAAUUAAUCUAUUUCUUACUUCCUCUUUUUAAACCGACAGUUUUCUCUUUUACAUAACUAGAAUACUGAGUAGUUUCUUUUCUAGCUGCACGGAGUCACAUGCACAUUUAGAAUGAGAUAUUUCAAACUCUUACCAUCCGAAAAGCAUGUGGAGAUAAAUUCCAAAUUACGGCCCGCAUUUAUAUAGUGAAGAAAACGGAGAAAAUAACAAUUCGCAUCUCAGUUUAACAUCUGUAUUGUUGUUACCUGUAUUUUGAAAUAAGACGCGCAUUAAAUCUAACCAAAAAGAGCAAGUCAAAGUACUUCGCGGGGGGUCUCGAUCUGUUAAUUUCAUUUGCUGCUAAUUAGCUGGAAUUAAAAAAUUCAGCUUGGCACUAUAUCGGAAAUUGACUAGACUGGGAAUGUAAAUAUCCCUACAUAAUUCUCUAGCUAAGCCGCCGUACUAAACAUUGUUCUCCUUUCUUCGUUCUAGCUGCAAGAAUGAAUUCACUAGAGUAUACAUUUAGCUUCUCCAGUAGGAUUUUCUCUAAUUCUCUCCCUUUCCAAAUCUCGCGAAGAAAUUUUAGAACAAUGUUCCGGUCAUAUAUCGUCCUUUUCUUCGUAUUUUCGUUUUCUUGUUGAGCAAUAAGCUCGUCCAACAUCAUCCUUUGACACAUUGAUAAAUCUGGACUUAGAAUCAUCAUCCAUUGAAUCGAGAAUAUUUAGAUUCCAGUUAGGUAAAUCGUCCGUCACUCUGAAGUUGCGUCAAAACUACUUUGACAAAGGCGCUACUUUCAGAGGCGCCGCUGCGAAAGGUGCGAUUUAGGCGCUGAUCUUUUCACGUGCGAAAAUAACAUUAGUGAGCAGGGCGUAAGGAGCUAGGGCGUUGAAACGAGUGGGGUCGAGAGAUCUAGCUGUGAUGCAAGGGUCUGGAUACUACCAAGGAGACAAAACAAGAUGGCAGACAUUAUAAUGGACCGUCAGAGAGAUUAUCCAGCUAACGUUAGCCAUUAUCCCGUGGCAUUCAUUUGCUGCAAGCAAUAGCGAAAGAACAAAUUAUUUUUUCUCUCGUUCGUUUUCUGUUUUGUUUAAUUUUCUUCCCCCGCGAACAAUUAUAUGUAUUGAAUAUAUUUUCCACCUCCAUGACUUGUAACUUUCGUGACUUGGUAAGAAAAUGGUAUCACAACCCAAAUGAUAGCACUGGCAUUAUUUUUGGACUAAUAUUAUCGGUUCUUCCCUUCAAUUUAAUAUCAAGUUGUGUAAUUCGUCAUCUGCUCUGGCAUUUAUUUUUUGCUACCCAGUUUCAAGGGCAGAUGCUCUGUUUUCACUAUUGACGUCUGGAUCAUUAUUUUUUCUCUUGCACACUAAUACUACUGUGCAAUGAAGAAUAAGUAUUAUAUGUGAAAAAAAUAAAAUUCAAUGCUCUUGAAAAACUACUAAAGAGGUUGCAAGAACACAAAUAACUAGCUCAGCAAUAAUUUUGUUUGAUAAUAACAGCUUUUUGUGAUGAAAUGGUUGCUGAAAACUACCAAUGCAAGACAGACUAAGGAAAUGUAAAGAAAGUUAACAUUUACUAGUCUUGCAUUGAAACCAGACAUUGCUAGGAGAUAACUCUUACAGAUACAACAUAAAACAUGUACAACAUGCAAAUUCAAAUGCUACCUAGUCUUAAUUUGCUACUUGCAAUCAAAAGCUUUCAAAUUAAGACCUCUUCAUGUUCUUCUUCAUACUAUGCACUCGUUUUUCUUUCUAUGUGUGUUCUAGUAAUCUUUUGAGGCCGGGCACUCACUGUUGUCUUGUAAAAAAUCAUAAUAACAAACACAUUCUAUGAUUUAAUUUUACGGUGAAAUCUUUGUGGGGAUUUGAAAGCAAAUUUCUCCAUAGCCUUCAUUCUAUUUCUGUGCAAUACAACCUUUAGAUUUACAUCGCAGUGAAAGAGAAUUUGUUGUUGUUUAUGUUUAGACUGUUACACGAGAUCAUUCGAAUGCAAUUUUCUAGUAGACCUUUAAAAAUAGUCAGAACCUUCUUGGGUCACGGUUCUGUCACUAAAAAAUAUUUACCAUCUUAGUGUAUAUUGAAAAAUGCAAAAUCGCUAAAUUGGGCAACUGAAAUCUUUUAUUUUACUAACAAGCUAAACGCCAACGUACACAAAAAAUUAUGGCAUUGUGAAGUCGUCACUUCAGAAGUUAAAAAACCCUUAAAGGUUCAUGAAAGUUCACUCUAAAAAUUUGCAUGCACAAACAAAAUUUAUAAAACCAUUACAAUUUUUUUUUAGCCGUUUAUUUUUAUUUGGUUUUGACUGGCAAGAUAAAACGCGACCUUCAACCUGUAAUGCUCGAUGGGCCAUUUUGGCACUACAUCUUAAACAUAACAGGCGAAAAAACACAUUACCUUAAGUCUUAUAAGACUAACCAUAAAAUAUCACCAAAAUGUUUUCUGUGUAUCGCAUAGAAAUACGCGAAAUAUUAGAUUCGAUUAUAGAUUGCAGCGAUCUAAAGAUAUAAAGCAAUAAAUCCGAACCUACCUUCAGCUAGACGGCGCCAUUUUUCUUGCCCUGCUGACAGCGGAUCGACAGCGGAAAGGCGAACUAGUUCCAGUCCUACUCCGCAUCACAGCUGAACCGGAGAGCGCGUAUGAGCGUUUCAACGCCCAAGCUCCUUACGCCGUGUUAGGGUGCUUUAGAUCGAGGACGCGACGGCUUUUAGAACGCGGUGACGAGCAUGAAAUCUGAACCCGGUUUUUAAGAAGCUAUAAUUUCCAUUAUAUUGGCCGUCGAAAGUAGAAGAUAGGUUUAAGUGUUUCUACAAACCUUGUUCUACGCCAAGGUAUAAACGCUCCCCAACGCACCCCACGUUUUGUAAUACUUUUUCCAAAUUGAAACCGGUAUGUUUUCAUGGGAAACGUAGCCACGCGAAGACGAAUGUGAGACGUUACUGGAAGUGUUACUGUUGUAAUCACAAGCUAAUCACAAAAUAGCGGGGCAGCAACGACUGGUUCCUCCAAACAAUAAUAUAAGGUGAGCAUAAAGAAAUUGGUAUAUAAAUAGGCUAAUGAGUACCCUGAUGUAGAAAUGUCUGUUUUUGUAAUAGGAAAAAAAACAAUAAAAUUGCAGUCAUACAUGUGAUUCUCUUUAUGCAGGUAUAAAAUUAGUAGGAUAAGAAUUACAGAGAUUAAAUUAAAUGAUAAGUUUUUUUAUACAGUUAAGCCCUGUGCAUUUUGAAACCAGCUAUCCUCUAUGAACAAUAAUUUUUUGGAGAAUUGCAAGAAUAGUGCAGUGUAGAAGAAGGGGUUCAUAACAUCCACCAAGCUUGCACUUUACUUUUAUUCAGAGAAAUAUGCACAUCACUCUUGAGAAAACAAAUUCAUAAUCUACUUCCAAGACUAGUGUGUGUUGUUGUUUGGAUGUUAUGACUAUGUCAGUUUCGAGGUAUCAUGAAUCGGAUUACUGAUUUGGCUGCUGAGAAAUAUAUGCCAGGGCAGCUAGGCAACAAAUUGCUUAUUCAAUGGUGUCUAGCCUCUGCGGCAGGUAUUUGAAAGGAAAGGGAAAUGGGUUUUGGGCAGGAGAGAAAUGCAAAGAGUGCACGAGGAAGGAGGGAGGAAUUUCAACAUUCACCUGGUGGAUGUUUGUAAUGCAAAAAACAGUCUCCUGGCAGGCAUUUCCCUCCCUCCUUCCCUCACGUUUCUCUUGCACCAAAACCCUCCUUUCCCUUCCCUUUCAAUCGCCUGCCAGUGAGACUAAGUGAUGUCAGUCAAUCUGUUUACCCGUUUACACUGUUUAAUAUAUAUCAAGCGGUUUGCAUAUUUUGGUGGCUUGAGUUAAAAUAUAAAUAUAUUGCUUGGUCAUUGAAUGUACAUUUGAUAUUGGAGAAUCAAGGCUGAGAAAAUGGUGAAGGGGAAAGGAAAUAUAAACUGAAGCGGAACAAUGGGGCAGUGAAACCGUGAGGCGAAGAACCUGAAUUUUCCAAGUAAGCCUAAACAGGUUCUUAUAUAAAUGGUAGUUAGCACACGUUUAGGCUAUUUAAGUUUUUAAAAAUUAUGUAGCAAAGAGUACAGUAUGGGGCCCAGUUCUCGGCCACGAAAAACUUAAACUUGUAUUUCUCACCUUAGAAUAGCCGUGAGGACUUGAAAUUUCACACACAACUAGCUUCAGCAUUCAGUUUACACAUGUAAAGCUAUCGACUGCUCAACGCUGUUUUCUCCCAAGUAAUAACGAAAAUGGAGGCUUCAGUUCGUGGGCCCAGUUAUCGGCCAGCGAAUCCAGUUCUCGGCCAUCGAUCUGCCACAAAAGAGUGCGCUCGAUUCCUCAGAACAAACAACGCUUUAUUACCAUUGUUUGUUGUUAAAGGGGCUAUGUCACCCGUGGCGCAUGCGCUAGCCAGUGAAAACAAACUUGAAAAAGACGGCCGGUCUUUUUCAAGUUCUGUCGGAGUUUUCGGAAGGCUGUUUUUAGCUGUUGAAAUCUCAGCCAUCGUUCGAUAGUUAGCGAAGUUUUGAACUAAGAAUCGUUCUAUGGUGAUUACAGAAGAAUAUUUUUGCAUUAUUUUGAAAUUGUUCGUCCUUGGAUUUUUUUUACAUGGAUUUACAAUGUCCUCUUACGAUUGUCUUACCAGAGGCCGUUGAAUUAGCAGAGAAUUAACGACGGCUACUCCACGAUGAGUGAUGGAAUCUUAAAUGGAAUCUUCCUUAUAGUUCACAGAAACUUUCUGUUGAGUCAUUUUAGAGGCUGCUGGCUCUUGAAUUUUUUUUUGCGUGUGUGUGUUCAAAGUAUGUUGACAUGAAGCGGCUAUCGAGGCGCUUCCAGGCGGAUGUUUUUAUUAAACGAUUACUACAGCGUGGCCAUGAGUUUUGAGACGAAACUAAUCUUCUGGCGAAGGAAAUGUUAUACAAUUCGGCUAGAUUCCUUCUUGUAUUUAUCUUCAUUCACGACAACGAUAAAAAACGACCGUUUACUCGUUCAGCUUGUUCUCAACGGACUUAGAUAGCAACGGACCAGUACGAGUUAGAUUCUGUGGUGGUCAUGUUUAUGAACGAUGAACUGUUUGUGUUUGAGCAUAUUUUGGAAAAUAGCAGAGUUUAUUUUCCCUUGUUAUUCACGGACUGCUUACAAUGGAGCAGAAUACCAAUGAUACUUGGUUCUGUUUUUCUCGACGUCGCAGUGAUUCGGCACGAUCGAACAAAUUUGCGCAAUCAAUGUGUGUUUCGCUUCAACACGGAGCCAUCAAUAAACGCAGAUAAACGGCGUCUCUUGUCCUGUCAGCAUGCGAUCUAAAUUACAAAGAUCAGUAGCGAGAGGCAAGUCUUAUUGUUAGUAAAUUGAAACAGUCCUGGUCUUUACCUUUGGUCUAAAAUUUGUAGGUCGUUUCUUAAAUAAGACUGAUUUAUUUUGUUGACUACGACAAUAUGUUGGUGAAUUUUUGUUUGCGCUAUAUUUUUAUGAAUGGCACGCGUUUUUACCUCAAAACUACAAGUAAAAUUGUCUUACCACUUUUAUUCUCGACGAAGAAUUUGAGUGAACUUUUUCUAGGAUAACCAGAAAGGAAACGUUCCGUAAAUUCUAUCAAAAGAUCAGUUAUCCAAACUUGUAACGUCUCAUUAAACAUUUCGGAGCUUUGGACGUGACAGGAAGUCACGAAUUAAAAACAAUAGAAUUUUGACAGUUAAAAGUAAUUUGCAUAACCUAAACGCGCAUGCUCUCCAGCUGACAUGGUCCCUUUAAACAUUUCGGAGCUUUGGACGUGACAGGAAGUCACGAAUUAAAAACAAUAGAAUUUUGACAGUUAAAAGUAAUUUGCAUAACCUAAACGCGCAUGCUCUCCAGCUGACAUGGUCCCUUUAAAUCACUUAUAAGGCUUGUGUUUUGAUAUUUGGGCCCUCUAUACGGAUAAAAUACAAACUUGAAUUAAACCACGUAAUUCGAGUAGUCGUAAACAAACACGUUUUCGGCGAAACCAAAUUGACCUACCUUCGCGUCACCUCGACGUGCUCACAGUAUAUAGUAACUGUAAACUCAAAACUCGGCAGGACGAAAGACAAGGAAUCAAGCUACCUUUGGAAACAAUUGCUUUUUAUUCAGAUUCAUUUGUGGCUCGAAAAAUAAACGUUGAACAAAAAGUGGCCGAGAACGGAGCCCCAUACUGUAUUUGUGUUUCACCUUAUUCCUUAUAUACAGUCUGCAUACCAAAGUAGAAGUUUUGUGAGAAUGGACAUAAAAAGAGGAAAUUCAGGUUCUAAGUCACGGGGUUUUACUGUACUACUAGGAUCCACCACUGCAAUAAUUGGUAAUCCAAAAGCCCGCUUUACGAACACCCGCUUAAUACAGACACCUCAUCAAGGCUGUGCUCUAGCAGAGCCCGGUGGCCCCUAGUGCCAAACUUUUGCUCUUGGGUGACUAGAAAAUCUCCGAUUUUUCGUACAAAACAUAUGCUGCCCAGCCUAGAUUUUACAGGUUCAAAGAACUGGGCUUCUUUAAAUGUUCCUUAGAGCACAGCCUUGCUCAUCAUUAAAGACAGCUUGCUUUGUUCCCAGGAAAGCUAAGAAGCCCUUAAUUUUUUCCUAAAUUAAAAUGGACAAUUUCUACGGUCCCCUCAGUGUCCGUAUAACAGAGUUGACUGUAAAUGUAAUGAGACCUAUGACACCAUAUUUGAAUUGGGAAGAAUUGGGGGAAGGGAGGGGCGUCAUAAGAAAGGAAAGGGGUCUCCCAACCCUGAUUACAGGAAAUUUGUAAACAUGCACGAAUUUCACAUUUUGAAGAGUUUUUAUAAUGCAAAAAAAUAUGUAAUAACAUUUGCCUGUACAUACUGACACAAUCAUUAAACAAAUAGUAGCUGAAUGGCUUUAAAAUCUAUUGACUGCAUCAGGCUUUGUAAUCACAAAUAUGCCAUUUUCGGUUUCAAUCCUGUUAAGACAUUCUAUGACUCGUACCAAUAGGAAAUAUAUAUCAAAAUUGCAGUAUUGCUUAAAAAAAGGUGCUCAAUAUUAAUAUUAUCUAUGAAGAGGACACAAGUCAAUCCUUGUACACAAAUACUCUUUACUUUAUUUGCUGGUCUUCAUGUGAUGAUAAAUACAGAUGUUGAACAAAAGGAAUUGUAGACAUGGUGCCAACAGAGGACUAAGUCGUUGAAAAGAUGACCCCCUCAACUACUCUUAUUAUACCUAGCAAAUGAACAUCUUGCUGAAUGACAAAAGAAAGUAAGCUUACUGUGUUUAUACCGUGGCCGAGUAUUUUGAAGAAGCUCCUACUGUUUUAAGAGUUUAUUAUUACCGCUAUCUGUAUGCAAAUCAGUACCUCUUAGCACUUGUUUGCACUGAUUUCACGGUGAAAUAAAAAAUGUUCGGCGAACCGCGGGUCUUACCUUCAGUGCUUUUCAUGACUGAAGCAUUGAACAAAGCGGUUCUCUCCAGUCUGUACAGACUUUUCUCGGUCAGUUGCAAACAUAAUGCAAUUGAUUACGAACAAAAUACACCAGAAUACACUUAUCAACGGAAUGAGACUUUUUUUCCCUGAGAAUUCGACAGCCUUUGUUUUUCAAAAGCUUCCGGAAGAGAUUCAAAGCAAAAUCGUUUAUUUCUGCAGCGUAAUUAACGAAUAUUCACUCCGCAGUCGAGAUGUUCACUCCACGCUAUCUUGACACAAAUGAUCAGAUUUUGAAUACCGCCCAUGAUGCUUAGUGAUCGUAGUGCGCACACCUCCUGGUGAUAUCUAGACUGUAGAACAGUCCGUAUUUUUGCGUAUUCAAGUACGCGCGAGCAGUCAAACAAAAGAUCUGGAACGAGGCUGAAAACAGAGAGCGAGACUGGGGAAAGACGGUUUUUUUCUCUCGCCCCACACGCCCUUCGGGUGCGUGAGGCUCGCGGCACGCUUUACCUAUUUCUUUACUGAUUUUGAGAAAAAAAAACGACUGUUUUGCAGUCUAGGUGAUAUCGUGUGGAUGGUUAGUCUCAAGUGCUUGCAAUUUGUAGAGACACUGACCAGAGGGCGCACUUGUUCGAAGGCUUGAUUAGCGCUUAACCCGGGUUUCUUUUUCUUUUGUUCAAAAACAUUUCUUCAGAUAAUUUUCUCUGCUAUUUUUAAGAGCAUCCAAUCAUCAUCUUGUUGAGAAAAUGAAUUAAACUGAAGUUACUUUUUAAGCUUUCACAUCUGAAUUCAAAUUUCGCACUAACCCUGGGUUAUCUUAACCACCUUCGAACAACCCGGGUCAGGUAUUGUUAAAAAGCAAACAGUUGACAACGUUUUAGAUGUAAUCAUUAAUGUUAUUUAUUGGGAAUUCCACAUGUAGACAAUUACUGAAAUUUGCUAUAAAAUGAAACCAUUCACUGGCAAGUCUUCUCAACUUGUGUUGAUAUUAAAGACCCAAGACCACAUUUUUUGUGUCAUGAACGCUGGGGCACAAUAAAUUGUGUUUGAACACUGGUUCACUUACAGUACACCUCUCACACGUUUCAAGGGAAUCAUCACAGCCUCCAAUGGGAUGUGUGUGCAAUAUAACUUUUUCAGUAAUUUGGUCGAGUGUGUUGAUUUCAGUGACUUGAGUAGCGCUACUGUAGGCUGGUUUAUAAGUUUUUUCCGAAUAAAUAACAGAGCUAAAAUGUUCGUUUGUCCGGUGACGAAAAUAUCACAAGUCAUGAUGAAAUGGCGCCGCCGUGCUUCACAUCUCGGUAGAUUUACUUGGUGGCACAACGGCUGCCGAGCUAAACAACCCGGUUCAUUGGUGCAUGCACCAGGGGUCAUACACAUUUUCCAAAGACAGUAACGAACCAUGCUGAAAAAUAUGAAGGCUCUGAAUCCAAAGUAAAAUCGAUAGUAGACCUACAGCAAACUUUUGAAAUAUGUACUCUUUACGAAGACAAAUAGCAGGCCUGAGCAAACGUUUGAAAGCUUUUGAAUGAUGAACGCCGAGGACACACGAAUCACCACGUCAGUUUGCGCGUCAAAGUGAGGCAAAACGUAAGCAAUCACUUCAAACCGAGGCAAAUGUGUGUCGACACAAACGCAAUCUCGAAAAAACUCCCCUUAUUAAUUACACAGGACACCAAUAAUACACAGAACACCCUACACAAGUGUUUGUAACCAGCCAACAGAAGCGUUUGUUUUUAUGUGCCGCUCGUUAAGAGAAUGUUGCAGUUAAUCAAUAAGAAAGAGUUUUUGAUAGCUUUGUUAUAAAAAAAGGGGUUCAUGCUUUUAGCUGUGCGUAUAUCGAGUUUUAGAUGCACGUGGGAAGUUUAGAGAGCACUCAAGAAGCGAGAGUUCCCGCGUGUAUCCAUAACUCGGAAUACGCACGCGAAGGCUAUGAACCAAUUCUUAAGUUAUCUUCACGUGUGGAGAGAGCAUGUUUUCGCGUAAAAGCUCACCUGAAUUUCUUAGAUUGGAAUAGCGGAAUCACUAGACUGAUAUAUUUCAUCAUUGCGUAGAUCCAAUAUAUGAAAUUCAUGUGUUAUAUUAAAAGAGUGUAGUACGUGUAAGUGUUUUAAAUUUCAAACGGUAAGUAAAGAUAUCAAACAGCGUGGGGAAUGAGUCAGGAGUAGGAGAAAACCUGGGUUCGCCGAUUUGCAAAGGUUGUGACUGAAAUAGUUUUAUUGUACAGAAUUUUUAACAGUACGGUUUAUGAUGGUAAACAGUAGGUUACCAUACUACUCUGUAAAAUUAUUCAUUUACAGAUUCAACAAGUAUAGAAUAGGGCAAAGAAAUGAUAGUCCAACGCUUUUAGUCGUGACCUACCUCAGCAAAUCUUACAUGAAGUCUUGAUUAUCUUGCCUAAGAAGUUUAACUGUUCAGUUAAAAAGACGUUAAGAAUCUUGUUAUCACUUUCUUACUCUUAAAAUAUUUUUUCUCAAGGUUACGAAACAAGCGGCAUGGACAACAUCUUGGAGAUGCUACAGACCAUUCAUAUUAGUGCAGUCGUUGCAACUUUCCUUUUCAACACUGGACGUAUUACAAAAGCAGUAGACAUCUUUAACGAAUGUUUGGUGCUCCUUGACGGCAAAGCCCUACAAACGAUCAAAGAACUUACCACACCACUUGUUAUGUCUAUGUACCAUAAACUUCUUGAUGGCUAUACUCUUAUGUAUGAUCACACCAGUGCCAUAGAAUGUGGUAAAAAACUACUAGUGACACUACACAAUGGUGGCAAAAAGGAACAAGAAGGGAUAAUAUUACUUCAACUAGCGAACAUCUACUAUCAAAGAAGCAAAUACAAGGAAGCAAAACAGUUUUACGAGAAGGCACUCGGAAUCAAGACUGAGACUGGAAACAAUCGCGAAGUUGCAAUAUGUUACGGAAAUCUAGGAACUGUGUUUCUAUCUGUUGGUCAAUAUACCAAAGCUGAAGAAUACCUUCAAAAAGCACUAGUGAUCAUGAAAGAAGUCGGUGACAAAAAAGGGGAAGCAUCAACUUACGGAAAUCUAGGAACUGUUUUUCAAUCUGUUGGUCAAUACACCAAGGCUGAAGAAUACCUUCAGAAAGCACUAGUGAUCGCGAAAGAAAUCGGUGACAAAGAAGGAGAAGCAUCAGCUUACGGAAAUCUAGGAACCGUGUUUCUAUCUGUUGGUCAAUAUGCCAAAGCUGAAGAAUACCUUCAAAAAGCACUAGUGAUCAAGAAAGAAAUCAGUGACAAAAAGGGAGAAGCAUCAGCUUACGGAAAUCUAGGAACUGUUUUUCAAUCUGUUGGUCAAUAUACCAGGGCUAAAGAAUACCUUCAGAAAGCGCUAGUGAUCAGGAGAGAAAUCGGUGACAAAGAAGGAGAAGCAUCAGAUUACGGAAAUCUAGGAACUGUGUUUCUAUCUGUUGGUCAAUAUACCAAGGCUGAAGAAUACCUUCAAAAAGCACUAGUGAUCAAGAAAGAAGUCGGUGACAAAAAAGGAGAAGCAUCAGCUUACGGAAAUCUAGGAACUGUUUUUCAAUCUGUUGGUCAAUACACCAAGGCUGAAGAAUACCUUCAAAAAGCACUAGUGAUCAAGAAAGAAAUCGGUGACAAAAAGGGAGAAGCAUCAGCUUACGGAAAUCUAGGAACUGUUUUUCAAUCUGUUGGUCAAUACACCAAGGCUGAAGAAUACCUUCAAAAAGCACUAGUGAUCAGGAGAGAAAUCGGUGACAAAGAAGGAGAAGCAUCAGCUUACGGAAACCUAGGAACUGUUUUUCUAUCUGUUGGUCAGUACACCAAGGCAGAAGAAUACCUUGAAAAAGCACUAGUGAUCAGGAGAGCAAUCGGUGACAAAGAAGGAGAAGCAUCAGAUUACGGAAAUCUAGGAACUGUGUUUUUAUCUGUUGGUCAAUAUACCAAGGCCGAAGAAUACCUUCAAAAAGCACUAGAGAUCAAGAAAGAAGUCGGUGACAAAAAAGGAGAAGCAUCAACUUACGGAAAUCUAGGAACUGUUUUUCAAUCUGUUGGUCAAUACGCCAAGGCUGAAGAAUACCUUGAAAAAGCACUUUUGAUUAGUAGAGAAAUCGGUGACAAAGAAGGAGAAGUAUCAGCUUACGGAAAUCUAGGAACUGUGUUUCAAUCUAUUGGUCAAUAUACCAAGGCUGAAGAAUACCUUCAAAAAGCACUAGUGAUCAAGAAAGAAAUCGGUGACAAAAAAGGAGAAGCAUCAGCUUACGGAAAUCUAGGAACUGUGUUCUUUUCUGUUGGUGAUUAUACCAAGGCUGAAGAAUACCUUCAGAAAGCACUAGUGAUCAGGAAAGAAAUCGGUGACAAACGAGGAGAAGCAUCAGAUUACGGAAAUCUAGGAACUGUGUUUCAAUCUGUUGGUCAAUAUACCAAGGCUGAAAAAUACCUUCAGAAAGCACUAGUGAUCACAAAAGAAAUCGGUGACAAACGAGGAGAAGCAUCAGAUUACGGAAAUCUAGGAACUGUUUUUCUAUCUGUUGGUCUAUAUACCAAGGCUGAAGAAUACAUUCAGAAAGCACUAGUGAUCAGGAAAGAAAUCGGUGACAAAGAAGGAGAAGCAUCAGCUUACAGAAAUCUAGGAACUGUGUUUCAAUCUGUUGGUCAAUAUACCAAGGCUGAAGAAUACCUUCAGAAAGCACUAGUGAUCAGGAAAGAAAUCGGUGACAAACGAGGACAAGCAGCAGCUUACGGAAAUCUAGGAACUGUUUUUCAAUCUGUUGGUCAAUAUACCAAGGCUGAAGAAUACCUUCAGAAAGCACUAGUGAUCACGAAAGAAAUCGGUGACAAACGAGGACAAGCAGCAGCUUACGGAAAUCUAGGAACAGUUUUUCUAUCUGUUGGUCAAUAUACCAAGGCUGAAGAAUACCUUCAGAAAGCACUAGUGAUCAGGAAAGAAAUCGGUGACAAACAAGGAGAAGCAUCAGCUUACGGAAAUCUAGGAACUGUGUUUCAAUCUGUUGGUCAUUAUACCAAGGCUGAAGAAUACCUUCAGAAAGCACUAGUGAUGAGGAAAGAAAUCGGUGACAAAGAAGGAGAAGCAUCAGCUUACGGAAAUCUAGGAACUGUGUUUCAAUCUGUUGGUCAAUAUACCAAGGCUGAAGAAUACCUUCAGAAAGCACUAGUGAUCAGGAAAGAAAUCGGUGACAAACGAGGAGAAGCAUCAGCUUACGAAAAUCUAGGAACUUUUUUUCAGUCUGUUGGUCAAUAUACCAAGGCUGUAGAAUACCUUCAGAAAGCGCUAGUGAUCACGAAAGAAAUGGCUGACAAAAAGGAGAAGCAUCAAAUCACGGAAAUCUAG